CCAGUGAUGUGUACCAUUCUACAGGAAAUGGAUUACUUACUACACGACAAACUACCCUCCCUCCACUUCUUGAUCCAGGCAGGAAAUGACUCAACUGGUUGUCCCUUUAAACUUGUAAGCAAUAUUCCCCUUCCUUUCUCACCUUCUCUUCUUCCUUUCCUUCACCUUUUUACCUCUUGUCCCCGUAAGAGGGUUUUUAGAUACUUUUUUUUCACAUAA